AUGACAGAGUUUCUACACUACAAAGUAGACCUAUCGUUGCGUGAUGGGACGCAUUCCGUCGGUAUCAUUGAUGAUAUUGACAAGGAGCACAUUCUCUUGAGACUGGCAGACACGGGACAAACCACCAAUGUCAUCACCAACCAAAUCCGCGAUUUAAAGAUGCUUCAACUUCCACCAGAAAUGUCGAAAAAGAAGAAUAAUAGGACCAAAGACCAACCUCUAGACGAUGCCAUUGUGUUUUCACGGCCAGCAGUACGUACAUUGGCAAACAGUGCUGCUAGUGUUGCAAGUAGCACCGAUAAUACUCGGUCUAGCACUCCCAAAAUCAAGUCCAAAAAAGAUAAAAUCAACCCUGCUUGGGGCAAUGGAGUAUCGCUGGGUGCAGACUUUGAUUUCGAAGCCAAUUUGGCCAUGUUUGAUAAAAAAUCAGCAUUUGAAGAUUUCCAGCGAGGCGACACUACUAGUCCUCGAGAUCGGUUAGUGGACCACAAUAAAAUCAAGAAGGAAAAAUAUGAUAACGACGAGAUGGUGUUGGAUAGCUCCAAGGGAGACAAAUGGGACCUUAUUGGAGCUGCGCCUACCGCAACCAAAAGUAAACCUCAGCCUUCUAUGCGCCCAGUUGUUAACCGUCUGGAUACAGCAUCACCUCGGUUCUUGCGCAACUUUAAGCUUGUCAACAGCGACACAAGCAGUGUUGUUCCGCAGUGUACUCCAGUUCAGCUCAUGGAAAUUGAGCGCUUGACCACCGAAACUUUCGGCAUCGAUGCGGGAAUGAUGGCAGAAAUUGCGGCCUCUCACCUUUCACGCUUGAUCACAAAAAAUAUUCUUGGCGGGUCUACUCGAUUGAGCAACAAGAAAAACCAUAAUUUGCCGCCUCUUGUGCUCAUUCUCGUCGGCAGCGGCCGUUGUGGGGCUCGAGCUUUUGCAACUGGUAGACAUCUCAGCAAUCACGGAAUCAGAGUGCUUGCAUUUGUCCUCAAUACCGAAGAUGUAGAUAAGGAACUUCAAACCCAAUGGAGUCUUUUUGAGAAAACUGGCGGAAAAGUCCUCACUUCUGACGUUACAAACUUAAUUUCCACCAUUGAAAAUGAUCUUGAUACUCCAGUGGAACUAGUCAUCGAUGCACUCCAAGGUUAUGCCGACCAUCUCGAAGAUAUUUUCUAUCAGGACGAGGCGCAAAGGAAGCUCCGUGUAUUAAUCGAAUGGUGCAACAGACCACAUAUCUCAAAACGCAUAUUAUCCUUGGAUAUACCUUCUGGAAUUGAUGGAGGUUCCGGAACCGUCCUGGACGAUUCUCUCCACAUCAAGUGCCAUUGGUGUGUUUCCAUGGGUCUACCCAUAUCAGGCUUGCUCUACGCCUACAGAAAUGGCGUGCUAACCUACGACGACGACGAGGCACAGGUUGUUCAUUAUCUUAUAGACGUCGGAGUGCCCAAUAAGGUGUACCAAUCGAAGGGUAAUUUGCGCAAGUUCGACAAGUUUUGGUACAACGCUGAGUUUUCUUCACGAUUGGAGGUUGUAGCUGAUUAA